UACCGCGUUAGUUGCUGAAUUUGAUCGGUGGCAAUCAGACGUGUUUUUACACAGAGCGCAAAAAUCAAAGAAUUCACUAUGAAAAGAGAGCGAUCAUCCGAAAGAAAGAGCAAGAGCUCGUCAAAGAGGCAGAGUAUAGAUGCCUCAGCAUCUCAUCAUGCAAGUGAGUGUCAGUGGUACGAUGUGUUGCUGGAACUCCACAUCAAGUCCACGCAACAGCCAUCUUUUGUCUCAUUCCGUCACGCAUGGAAAGAGCACAUGAAUGACUAUUACAAACUGGCAAGUGCAAUCAACAAGUCGGACGACAGAAGGGAGUUGCCUACCGUCCCGCAACCCACCCACACAAUUGAGUGGCUGGCUCGCACCAGUUUCAAACAUCGCCCCGUGCGCCUCAAUGUGCCACAUGUACAACAAAGGCAGCACACUGUGCCACAGCAAAGGAAGCACAAGGUUGCUAGGAGACGGUGUGUGCAGCAUUCGCAGCUUGACACCUCCUUCAUUGUCUACUGAGGGAGCAAC